GAGAGACUCCAUCAUUCUCGGAUCAACUCCCAACUACUACCGCGCGUUUUCAUUCCCUCCAUGGAUAUCCUUCAUUACUCAAGGCUUCAAAACCCUACUAAUAAAUUAUUACGUCCUCACCCUCGAUUGACUGUACCGUCGACGUCGUCGUCAUUGUCCCUUCGGCGAUUUAGCGUCAGAUCGAGCCUUCCAUUGCCGGUUCAGAACGCCAAGUACAAUAGAGAGCUACGAGCUGCUGUCGAUGCGGUCGAGCGGGCUUGCUGUCUUUGUGUUGACGUGAAGCGAUCUUUGUUCACCAGUGAUGGAAGGAUUCUUGAAAAGAAUGAUCAUACACCCGUCACGAUUGCAGAUUUUGGAGUUCAAGCUUUAGUUAGCUUGGAGCUCGGAAAGCUAUUUCCUUCCAUUCCAUUGGUGGCUGAGGAGGAUUCAGCAUUCUUGCGUUCAAAUAAUCUAGUAAACUCAGUUGUAAAUGUGGUUACCGAUAAAGCAAGCUCCCAAGAUAAAGCAUUAACACAAACUGAUGUGCUUGAAGCUAUUGACAGAGGUGGGAAAUUUGGACCUAACCCAGCCACAUAUUGGGUUUUGGACCCUAUUGAUGGCACACGGGGAUUUCUCAAGGGUAGUGAGGCCUUAUAUGUGGUAGGUUUGGCUCUUGUGGUUGAAGGACAUAUUGUUUUAGGCGUUAUGGGGUGUCCUAAUUGGCGGGUAGAUAAGUCAAACAAAUCCACUUCUAAGAUAUCAGGAAUGAUUAUGGUUGCACAUGUUGGUUGUGGAACAUGGUCCAAGGGAAUAUCUGAUCUACAGAACGGCAUGAAUUGGAUCAAGUGCUUAGUUGAUGGCUAUACUUUGGUCCAUAAAGGACGCUUUUGCAUUUCAGAGAGCCAAACAUGGGAGUCAUUGCCACUAUCAUCUUCAUUUGGUUCAACAACCAAUGUGGACAAUGUUGGGGUUAAGGAAGUUCUUCUUUUGCCCACAUGUUGUGGAAGCUUAUGCAAGUAUCUGAUGGUAGCUUCUGGGAGGGCAUCUGUUUUCAUUCAACGUGCAAGGGAUGACAGAGUGAUCAAGGUCUGGGAUCAUGCUGUUGGAGUGAUAUGUGUGCAGGAAGCGGGAGGAAAGGUUACUGACUGGAAUGGAGAUCAGCUUGAUCUUGCAGCAGAUGAAGUUGAGCGGAGGGCGCUAUUCCCUCCAGGCGGCAUUCUUGUGUCGAAUAACAGCUUACACAAAGAAAUACUUCACAUCAUUGCAUCAAAUUCUACAGUUGUUUCAUAACAUAUGGUACAUGUUUUCUCAUCGUUCUUUUUAUUACCUGUAAUAUACAUUACGAUACCAGAAAGUGAAAAACAAAACUGAAAGACUUCCAUUUGUUCAUGGUAAUUUUGUCUCUAUUUAUCCUCACGUUUGGAAAAUGGGAUCCAUUGUGAAAAGGUAGAAGGAUAUAGAACAAACAACAAUGUCACAUUGUAAUUCACAUUUUAAAUGUAUUGGAGAACCAUUGCAUUUUCCCAUUUUCA